CGGCGGAGGAGCACGCGCCCUGUGGACUUCUUCAUGCCCUCUGCAGGAACCUGGCGGCUUUUAUUGUGAAGGACUCGACCGGAAGCGGACAAUUUUACUGUGUGUUUCUUCUCGUGGCUUCCGGAGGAGACUGAGCAUCAGAGAGCUGCAGCAGCUGGACCGACAGACACAUCUGGACCGGGACAGACCUGCGGGGACAGACAGGAGGACAGGGGGACAGACACAGAGACAGACAGGUGGACACAGAGACAGACAGGUGGACACAGAGACGGGGACAGACGGUCAGGUGUGUCUCUCAGCAUCCGCCCCCCCCCGUGUCUUCUCUCCUCCCUGUCUCCGGGCCGUGCCGGGCUCCAUGGGGGACAGCAUGGCGGAGGAGACCCGGGUCAUCUACCACCUGGAGGACCAGGAGACCCCCUACCUGAUCCGGAUCAGCGUGCCCGCGCAGCGCGUCACCCUGGCCGACUUCAAACACGUCCUCAACAAACCCAACGUCAAAUUCUUCUUCAAGUCCGUGGACGACGACUUCGGGGUGGUCAAAGAGGAGAUCAGUGAUGACAAUGCCAGGCUGCCGUUUGUGAACGGACGAGUCGUCUGCUGGCUGGUGUCUGCAGAAACCUGUCAGUCAGACUUUAGAGGCUCAGACCUGCAGUCUAUAGCCACGCCCACCGGCCUGGCCCCGCCCCCCAUAGAGAGGACAGGUGUGAUCGGAGACUCCAGACCGCCGUCCUUUCAUCAGGAGGACACGGCGGCGGCAGCGGUGGCGGCGAAUGCUGAUGUCAGAGACGAGGAGGGAGGUGAGUGUAUGAAUGGCCACACCCACCGACCACCAGCUCACCAGAAUGGGGCGGGGCCAACAGGUGGAGGUGACAGCUCAUCGACUCAACAGAGCAGCCAAUUGGAGACGACCAGCUUCUGCUCUUCUGAGGAAGACUCAGGAGGAAGGUUCAGCCAAUCAACAGGGCAGAGCAGCACCUCGCCGCGACUCGUCAGGCGACAACGCCGCCGCCACCGGAAACCCAAAACACAUCAGCGGAUGGAGAGGUCUGUGUCUUUCAGCAGUGUCACUGACUCCACCAUGUCGCUCAACGUCAUCACUGUCACUCUGAACAUGGAGAGGUAUAACUUCUUGGGCAUUAGUAUCGUCGGUCAGAGUAACGACAGAGGAGAUGGAGGGAUUUAUAUCGGCUCCAUCAUGAAGGGCGGAGCGGUGGCAGCAGACGGACGCAUUGAACCUGGAGACAUGUUACUGCAGGUGAACGACAUCAACUUUGAGAACAUGAGUAACGAUGACGCUGUCCGAGUCCUCAGAGAGAUCGUCCACAAACCAGGUCCUGUGACGUUAACGGUGGCAAAGUGUUGGGAUCCAAACCCACGGGGCUGCUUCACACUGCCGAGGAGUGAACCGGUCCGUCCAAUCGACCCGGCUGCCUGGGUGUCGCACACUGCCGCCAUGACAGGGAGGCUCCCCCCACACUAUGGUGUGCAUGAAGAAACCCAUCUCACCAUCCACAGCGACAUGACAGCUGUUGUCAAGGCAAUGGCCAAUCCUGAGUCGGGUCUGGAGGUUCGGGACCGGAUGUGGCUGAAGAUAACGAUUCCCAAUGCCUUCAUAGGUUCAGACGUGGUGGACUGGCUCCACCGCAAUGUGGAGGGUUUCACCGAUCGCCGCGAAUCUCGCAAGUAUGCAGGGAACCUGCUAAAGGCUGGUUACAUCCGCCACACUGUCAACAAGGUGACCUUCUCUGAACAGUGCUACUACGUGUUCGGAGACCUCUGUGGAGAUCUGGGUGUGAUGACUCUGCUGGAUAAUGAGGAAGACUCCAGUCGAGGAGGAGGCUCAGAUGGUGACCCUCUGGCUCCGCCCCCGGGCCCCCAGUGGCCCCCGGCCUUCCCUUACCAGUACCCCGUCCCUCACCCCUACAGCUCGCCUCACCCCCUUCACCAGCUGCCGGCUUGGGGAGGAGGAGGAGGAGGAGGAGGAGGUCUGCACAGUGAAGGUGACACAGGAAGUCACAGCAGCGGAUCAAACUGUAGCGACGGUCUGAACGAGAAAGGACGAGGCAGCCAAUUAGAGCCCAACAAGCAGGAAGUGAGUGCUUCAACUGACAAACAACUGGCGGCAGAGUCCCCUGGUGAUGACGAUGGCACACGGACACCCCCGACCUCCUUCUCUGGUCUCCAUGGUAACAAAGACUCAGAGGACCUCCCUCCGGCCCCCUAGCCACCUCGAGGUCAGCGCCGCGACCUCGCAGAUCCCCGACAGUCCUUUUGCAUGGCCAUGGGAAACCCCAGUGAUUUCUUUGUGGAUGUCAUGUGAACCUGUGACAGUGGAAACAACUCCCUGGUUUUAAUUUGUGGUUUGAAAAAGAAGAAUCCAGAAUCUUAAAGUUUUUGAGAAACAUCUAGAGAGUGAACGGACCGAGGCGACUGUGAGGAGGAAGUCUGAUUUGAGGUGUUUGAGAUGUUUCAUUGUCAUCUCAGUAAAAUUAAAACCACAUCACAGGUGGAUUUAUUUAUGUAUGUUCACUGUGGACUACCUGAACUGAUGCCAGAGCAUGAUGGUGGUUAUGGGCAGUGAUACUCUGCUGGGACAUGGUUGACUGGGAGCGACUCACUGCCCAAAGUUAAAGAGUUCAAGUACCCCAGGGUCUUUGUAGGCCUUUUACCAGACUACCAAAGCUCUCAACUUACCAGUCAAUCUACGCUCCAACCUUCAGCUCCGGUUGUGAGCAUUCGGUGGUGUCUGAAAGGAGAUCAUGGAGCUGUGACAUCAGGAGAACUGCUGCUCCUUCAUGUUAAAGGAUGUUGGUUUAGGUGUUUCAGGAAUCCGAACAGCAUACCUCCCUUUAGAGGUACUGUGGGCGCAGACCCUGGGGCAGAUCCAGGGUAAGAGAUUACAAACCUCAUCUGGCCUUGGAAAGCCUCAGGAUCCCCCAGGAGAAGCAAACCAAUCUCUGACUGGUUCACAAGUCCAAUAUCAAAGCACCACUUCCACUGCUGACAUGUCCCAGCAGAAACCAGAGUCCCCAGGCAGCAGCCCCUCCAGGACGACAUUCAGAUAUUCAGAACAGCCAGAGCCUUCAGCAAUGUGUAGUUGUAUCGAGUCUGAGUCUCCUGAGUAUCCCUACACCUGCCCGACACCUUUCACCCUGGAAGAUAUAGUCCAAACCCUAUACAAGAGUCUGGUUCUGGAACAGGUCGUAGAGUAUAUCUGCUCGUAUUCCCACUACGAAUCAGGCUGUUCCCCACCAGUGAGGUGACAUCACUAGAAUUAGUUUCCAUAGUCAGGGGCCGCACAUCUGCCUGUCCUAUUGGCAGUAUACCUGACAGCUAUUCCUGCCCUGGAUCUGCCCCGGGGCCUGCUUCCAGGUGGACAUGCCAAGAGUACCUCUAAAGGGAGGGACCCUGAUGGGAUUACCGAACUACCACAACCCACACCUCACAAAAGCAGACAGUCCAAGCCCUGUACAAGAGUUUGUUACCAGAGCAGGCGCACUGCAUUGAUUAUAUCUACUUGGUAUGGCCGGUACUCCUGCACCAACUCAGGCUGUUCACUACCAGUGAGGUGACAUCCCUAGAACUCAUUUCCCAGGGUCCUUACGUUUGCCUGCCACACAAUUGGUAGUAUACCUGACACCUGUUCUGCCCACAUAAUAAUAAUAAUAAUAAUAAUAAUACAAAAUACAUUUUAUUUCUGGCCACCUUUCAUGACACUCAAGGUCGCCUUACAGAGUAAAAUACAAUAAAAUAGAAAGUAAAAGAUAAUUCAACAUUUAACAACAAACAAAUAUUAGUUUAAAAAGCAAACAAAACUAACAUAAACAAAACAUCUGUUCAGGCGUACCCACUCAAAGAGAGUAGGAAAGCCUGAACAGGUGAGUUUUCAGCCUGGAUUUAAAGUGAAAGCCUCAGGAUCCCCCAGGAGGAGCACGACAUGGCACUUGGUACGGGGGCACCUUGGGUCAAAGAUGAACCUGGUAGUUGUAUCGGACGAUCAGGUGAACUGAUGGUGAUGGAACUGGUUGGGUGGAUCAGGCGGGAGCUCUCAGACAGAUCUGGUAAAUCCAAAGUAGUGAGGGGUGAGUUGGAAACAUAUGAUCGAGGCCCCGUCCACUCGGUUAAACUCUACCUCGGGAGGAAUUUUUCCUGCAUCCUUUUGGAGGCUGGGGACAUGAAGCCUGAGUGGGACACAUUUACUGCUCCCAUUCUGGUAGUGGCUGCUGUCAUUGGUACUUGUCGUGGUGGUAACCAAAGAACCCACAUAUGGGCAUGACUAGGGAUGGAGGAUGUUAACGUGGGAAUCUCCUGAAGCAGUAGAGAAGGUUUAGUGAAGGUAGGGCUUUAUGAAACCAGGUCAAUUACAGGAGAAUUUUGUGGAGGCCACGGACAAAGACUUUGGUUUGGCCUCAGAGAGUUUAUGUCAAACUGUUGUGCAGCUCAGGCAAGGCCUCGCUGUUUUCAGUAGAGAAAGAAAACUGCUUCCCUUUAGUGAGGAUAUUGUUGGAAGGAGCACUUUUAGGAACUCCUAAACUCUGCCGACCCACCCUCUGUAGAGAAACAUGGAGACAGUGUAUGUAGACUAGGGUGGUGGUCCCUCCUUGAAAAAGGAGACUGGAGGAUGUGUACUAACUACCAGGGUAUCACUCUGCUCAGCUUCUGUAAGGGUGCUGGAAAACUGACUUUGGAAUCUUGAACCUCAGAUUCAGUUGAACUAAUGGGGAUUCCAACUUAGCAAUGAUACUGGAGGGUUCGCCAUCCUGUCUGGAUGGGUUUUGUGGACUUAUGACAGCUGAUGACGGUGUCCUUCAAGGUGUCUUGUGUGCUGCUGCUACAGUUCAUCCAGUCCUUGAAUAACUGAGCAAGAGUUGUGUCCGUGUUUUUGGCAGGAACUUGUGCAUUUUCUCAGUGGGUGUUGUGAUUUUGCUGCUGGCUUCAUCUGUGUGACCUUCAGUGUAGACUGGGAUGGUUUGUAGUAUGAAGCAGGAAGAAUGAGGGUCAGCACCUCCAAAUCUGACGCCAUGAUACUGUGGAGUGAGUCACUGCCCCGAGUGAGACAGUUUGAGUAUCUCAAGGUCUUUGUAGGCCUUUAACUGGACUACCGAGUCUGCCAAGUUACGACUUCAGACCUGUGAAACCUGUUGGUGCCACCGGUGUAACCAAGACUCAGAAUGCCAAGUUAGGACCGACUUCAGACCAGAGGUGAGCCCUGUGGGUGCGACUGACCCCUAAACCAUACUGUACACACCAACCUCCUUCCUCAGAGCAGGUAUGUAACAGUGUAGAUGAAUAUAAAGAUCUAUGAUGGCUGAACAGCUCAGUUCGUUUUCACUUUAUUAUUGUUAUUUAUUUAUUUAUUUAUGAUUGUUUUGUUUAUCUGUCUUCACUCUGCAGCUUUUUAAACAAACACUAUUAAAAAAUGUCCAACAAA